AUGUUUGGCAUUUGGAUCGCUUCAUUCUUAUUCUUUGGCACGUCAGCAGGAAAAGAAGUUUGCUAUGAAAGGGUGGGGUGCUUUAAAGAUGGUUUACCAUGGACUGGGACUUUGUCGAGACAGUUGGCGGGUUUACCCUGGUCUCCAGAGGAGAUAAACACUCGCUUCCUGCUCUACACGAGACGCAACCCCAAAGCCUAUCAGGAGAUCAGUGCAGUUAAUCACCUAACUAUCCAAGCCUCACACUUUGGAACAGACAAGGUGACCCAUAUUAACAUACCUGGAUGGAAUUCAGAUGGAAAAUGGCAGCAAGACAUAUGCAAUGUGUUGCUAAAAGUGGAAGAUGUGAACUGCAUUAAUUUAAACUGGAUUAACGGUUCUCUGGAAUACAUCCACGCCGUGAACAAUCUCCGUGUUGCCGGUGCUGAGGUGGCUUAUUUUAUUGACGUUCUCAUGAAAAAAUUUGGAUAUCCCCCUUCGAAAGUGCACUUGAUUGGCCACAGCUUGGGAGCGCAUCUGGCUGGGGAAGCUGGGUCAAGAACACCAGGCCUUGGAAGAAUAACUGGGUUGGACCCAGCUGGGCCCUACUUCCACAACACCCCACACGAAGUCAGGCUGGACCCCUCAGAUGCCAACUUUGUCGACGUUAUUCAUACAAAUGCACUUCGCUUCCUCUUUGAGUUCGGUGCCGGAACUAUUAACGCUUGCGGUCACCUUGACUUCUACCCAAAUGGAGGGAAACACAUGCCAGGAUGUAAAGACUUAAUUACACCUCUAUUUAAAUUUGAUUUCAACGCUUACAAGGAAGAAGUGUCUUCCUUCUUUGACUGCAACCAUGCCCGGAGUCAUCGCUUUUAUAUGGAAAGCAUUCUCAACCCUGAUGCAUUUAUUGCUUAUCCUUGUAGAUCCUAUGAAUCUUUUAAAGCAGGAGAUUGCUUCCAUUGCCCCGAAGAAGGUUGCCCAACGAUGGGUCAUUUUGCUGAUAGAUUUCACCUCAAAAAUAGGAAGCCUAAUAGAGCAUAUUAUUUUUUAAACACCGGGGCUCUUUCCCCUUUUGCUCGUUGGAGGCACAAACUGUCUGUCAAGCUUGCUGGAAACAACGCCACUCAAGGGAGCCUGUUUCUCCGUGUAGGUGGAACGGCCGGAAGGACAGGGGAGCUGGAGAUGGCCAGUGGAACAUUGAAGCCAGGCAUGACUUAUACAAGAUUAAUUGAUGCAGACGUUAAUGUUGGAAAUAUAACAAGUAUUGAGUUCCUUUGGAAGAAGCACUGGUUUGGACAUUCUUGGAAUAAGUUGGGAGCAGAAAUGGUGAUAGAUGUAUCUGGAAAAUAUGGAUAUGAAUCUAUCUUCUGUAGCCAGGACAUUACAGAGCCUAAUAUUGCCCAGAUCCUGAAACCAUGCUGA